AGACCUGUUCUCUUCUGUUUCCUUCCAAAACUCCAGGCCACUCCUCUGCAGGGUUUCCUGUGUGUUAUGUGUGCAGUGCAGAAGGUUUAAAUGACAGGAGGAACCAUCUGCGGCGGUCAGCGAUCUGAGUCUCUGCUGUAAACUGUGUGUGUGUGUUUAGUUUAUUCUAGUCUAGUUUAGUGUUGUAGAUUGUUGGGACAGCGAGUGGUGAGUGAGCGAUCUGAGUCUGCUGCUGCUGUUUGUGUACGCGUUUACUUCAGAUUUUAGUUUAGUUAGAUCUCUGCUUUGUUUUAUUUCUCCAGUUUAGUUAAGUUUAAUUUGGUGCAUUCUAGUUUAGUUUAGUGUUGCGUGUUGGGUCUGCGAGAUGGAGAGAUUUCUGCUGCCUCUGGUUGUCUUGACGCUGCUGAGCGGGUCCACAGCCAGACCUGCGGCCGAACUGGGAGCCGCACAGACGGUCAACGAGCGGCCAAUUAUCGGCAUUAUAACUAUGGAGGUGUCGGAUGACGUCAUGCGGCCGUACGGGCGUACUUAUAUUCCCUCCUCUUACGUCAAGUACGUGGAGGCAGCCGGGGCCAGAGCAGCCCCCAUCAGGCUGAACCGGACACAGCAGGAAUAUGAGAAGAUCUUCAUGCAGAUAAACGGUCUAUUGUUCAUCGGAGGAGCGGUGGAUUUGGAGAAGUCUGAUUACGCAAUCACCGCCAGGAUCUUUUACAAGCUGGCCCUCGAGGCCAACAGUAGGGGUGAUUACUUCCCGGUGUGGGGGACGUGUAUGGGUCUCCAGAUUUUAACAGUGCUGGUGGCCGGAGAAAAUCUACUGAGCAAGACAACCAGGGAGAACAUCUCACUACCUCUCAACCUCACAGCAGAUGCCUCCUCUAGUCGCAUGUUCCAGAGUUUUCCUCCUCAUCUCUUCACUGCCCUCUCUCGUGAGCCGCUCACCGGGAACUUCCAUCACUACGGCAUCACUGAGGAGGUCUUCAGGGGUAACAGUCGGUUGAAUGAUUUCUUCUCUAUUCUGUCCACUAACGUUGCGGACGACGGAUCCGUGUUUGUCUCCACCAUGGAAGGUCGCCAGUCUCCGUUCUAUGGAGUCCAGUGGCAUCCGGAGGUCAGCCGCUUCCAGUGGAGCUCCGCCCACAACUACCCCCACACACACCACGCAGUACAGCUGUCAACACUACUGGCAGACUUCUUCAUCAAUGAAGGUCGGAGGAGUGCCCACGUGUUCAGCAGUCCAGAAGAGGAGGCUCAAUCUCUCAUCUACACACACACCCCCACUUACACCGCCAACUUCACCGGAUACCAACAGGUCUACUUCUUUUAAACACACACACACAC